AUGAAUAACAACCUUAUAUCGUCAGUAUCAUCAAAACCCACUCUCUCUGCUCCAGUGAAACCGGAAGUAAGGCAGCAACAGCAUCAAAGGUCGAAGUCUUUAAAAGGCAAACGUACUCCUGCCUACAAUCGACCGAAGGAGAGUUUAUCAUCUGAAGUCCCUACCCCGUCUCGUUCCAAGAAUACUCCAAGCCAUAAUCACGUUGAUCACUUUGAUUCGUCGGCAACUGAUAGCAAUUCGGUUGAUCCUUCUGGUGUAAUUAGUAAUGAGUCUCAUCUGUCGGGUUUUGCUUUCGAUAACAAAAAAUCGGUCUCACGAAAGUCCAGCGAAAGGCGACCUAGAAGACAUCAAUACAGUGAUUCGGUCGAAGAAAUCAGGAAUGUUCCUACCGUUUCAAUCUUGAAGAGACCUCAAUCAGCUACGGAUUUUGUAAAGACCUCAAAUGGCACUUCCUUGAACACCACCAAUACCAAAACCUUACUUGAUGUCACCCGUGAGGAACUUGAAUUCUCCCAUCCACUUCCCUCCGCCAAUGUUGAUGAUCAUUCGAAAGAACGUCGACGUUCAGAUGCCGCUUCUUCCAAGGUUAAGCGUGUUCAACGACGCAAGGAGAUCAAGUCGGUUGCCGAAGCUUUGCAAGUUGUCGAAUCUGAAACCAUUCCAAGUUUCAGCCCUCCUAAAGCAAAUCGCUAUCUCCAUAACCAGCCAGAUUUCCACGAGGAAUCUGAUGUAAAUAGUGUUUUAAAUCCUAGUCUAGAAUCACUUUCUAAUUCUCCAAUCACCGAAUCUGACCGCUUUUUGGUGCAUCCGCAAGCCAACAACGCCUUUGUUUUUCCUCCUCUGAACUAUUCUAACGCGAUCAUUGCCCUUGAAGAAGAGAUGAGUAAUAAGCAUGAUGAUAACCUUGAUUUAUCCAACGUAAAGAGUUCAUUCGAGAGACCUUUAGCUAAGGGUUACAAACGACGCUCUGAUAUCUACCCGCCAGUCAAUGCCCCAGUCGUUCCGGAAAAUUUGAAUCGCCGUGCCUCCAGUGCGUCCGUAGAACUGCAAAGCCACGUGGCUCCCUUUGCAGAUCAGGAUUCCAUGAAUGAGCAUCAGUCGUCCGAACAUUUGUUGUCCACCACUCCAUCUCGUAGAUUAUCUAAUUCUCCCAAUAGACAUAUGUCAGCCAAACUCUAUGCUGGCCCGACAUUUCAUAAUUCCCCUGCCCCUGGCGAUUUGCCCUUGCCCUCCUUCCUCGGCAAAACUUCAAGCAAGGAGUCCAGUCCAGCCAUGUCAAAUGCUUCUUUGAGUGCCGUUACACCAUCGAGAACCUCCUCUCCAUCUUUGUCCUCCGGUAAUUCUUCUGAUGACGACAUGUUUGUUAUGGAUGAGUUCGAAUCCAAUCCUCGGGAAUCCAUUGUCCUAAGAAAACAGAGAUCUCGUGAACUUCUUCGCAUGUUGUCCUCAAAUUCUGGUAAACAGAAUACUGCCGCGGCCUACAUGGUCCCUGAACGUAUGGCGACCUCCCACAAUCCCACUCAAGUCUAUCCUGCCAUGUCGUUAACUGAAAUUUCGGAAAGCUUGAGAAACUUAAUUUGUCUAGAGAGAGCGAGCGAACGAAAAUUUUCCGUGUCCCUAGUAGUUCUUCCAUUUGGCGUUACGAGAGUAUUACGACAGCGAUUAGUAAUAAUAUUGAAUUUUUUCUAG